AUGUUCAAAUUCGCCGUUGUUAUCUUCGCUGUCAUUGCCUGCGCUGCUGCCAAACCCGGUUUUGUUGCUCCAUUGGCUUACACUGCUCCUGCCGCCGUUGUAGCUGCCCCCGCCGGUGUUGUUACCGCCACCAGUAGCCAAUAUAUUGCCCGCAACCAUAAUGGUAUUGUCUCCACCCCUGUUGUUGCCCCAGUAGCUGCACCUGUUGUUGCCAAGACUGUUGCCUACACUGCUCCAGUUGUAGCUAAAUAUGCUGCUCCUUUGGCUUACUCUACCCCUGUUGUUGCCAAAUACGCUGCCGCUUACUCUCAUCCUUUGGCCUACUCAGCUCCUUUGACUUAUGCCGCUGCCCCAGCUCCAGUUUUGUUCUAAAAACUG